UGGCUGGUCUUCUUCAUCUUCAUAUCCUCUCUAAAGUCUUUAAGAUCUCAAAAGAUGAAGAGCGCCAUGCUGCUGCUGAUUCUCUGCUGCUUCUACAUCACAUCUCUGCAUGCCUUCUCCAGAGGUGGGUGCAUCUGCCUCAAGGUCACCCCUUUCCCUGUACCUGCUAGGCUGGUCAAGAAGGUGGAGGUGAUCCCCCCCACCGGAAGAUGCCGCAAGACUGAAAUCAUAAUCACCCGAAGGAGAGGCGGGCCUCUUUGUGCAGAUCCAAAAGCAAAAUGGCUCCAAGACCUUCUCAGCACCUUCAGACAGGGAAUGGAGGGUUCCAGCUCUACUGCCAGGCCCACAAUUACUUCCACGACAACUAACCAUCAAGGAUAACUCACUUGCAGCAUAACGUCUGUUGUGAGGAAAAGUACUUCACAAACUUUGUUUUUUUUUAUUUGAGGAAUUUCCUAGUUUCUAACUAUGGUUGUUCAGUGCAACAUUGACACUGAUGUUUAAAGAAAUAAAGAACAGAGAAAAAAACCUUCUCAAGAUUAUUUAUUUUUUCUGGAAGAUGGGGGCAGUUUGGACUCUGAGGGAGGGGGGAUGGCAAAGGGGGUGCUCUCUGUGUUUUCUAAAUUCCUGAUUCAAAAGAUUCUCAUCACCCUAGCUCUAAGAAACAAACUCAAUGAAGAGUGGGAGGCUGAAGAAGACAACAACAACAGCGAUGAGACAAGUCAGUAAU